GGCGCCGCGCCCCUGUCCGCGGCUCCCGCUCUCCUGCGCUCCGGCCGCGCCGCCGCCGCACGGGAAGAUGAAAGAAACAAUCAUGAACCAGGAAAAACUUGCCAAGCUGCAGGCCCAAGUGCGCAUCGGCGGCAAGGGUACUGCUCGCAGAAAGAAGAAGGUUGUGCAUAGAACAGCUACAGCAGAUGACAAGAAACUUCAGUUCUCUUUGAAGAAACUGGGAGUCAACAAUAUUUCUGGUAUUGAAGAGGUAAAUAUGUUUACCAACCAAGGAACAGUCAUUCACUUCAAUAACCCUAAAGUUCAGGCUUCUCUGGCUGCUAAUACUUUUACUAUCACUGGCCAUGCUGAGACAAAGCAGCUGACAGAAAUGCUUCCUAGCAUCUUAAAUCAGCUUGGAGCUGACAGUCUGACCAGCCUGAGGAGAUUGGCAGAAGCCCUACCCAAGCAACCUGUGGAUGGGAAAGCGCCACUUGCUACUGGUGAAGAUGAUGAUGAUGAAGUUCCAGAUCUGGUUGAAAACUUUGAUGAGGCUUCAAAGAAUGAGGCAAACUGAACUAAGUGUCACUUUCUGAAUAAAGUUAAAACUUGAAAAAGCUACAUGGAGCUGCUAUUUUAUAUUGUGACUGCUUUUAUUUGAUUUUUUUUCUUUUCUGUUGAGAUCACAAGAUCUGUAAUAUUUGGAAACUCCUUGAACCUUGCAGCUCAUCUUAGUUAUUGCUUGUACACGAUACUAUUUUUGUGGCCUGGUUGAAGUUAAAUAUAUGCUUUCAAAUAAGUCAGAUUGCUAAUAAUCUCUGCCUAAAUACAUUUUUUGAAUAACUUGUAUACAAGCAAAUCCCCAUCUUCAGUGAACUUUGGCAUAUAAUAAAAAUAUUCAAUAAAAUUUUAAGUGUGGCUUCUUGUCAGAAAAGCAUAUUUUUCAGUAGAGAGUGACCGUAAAUAUUGAACUAUCCUAAUUAGUCAUCUUGCUUUUCUGAAAAGUGUAUUCCUUUUGCUUUAUUAGAAAAAAAAACAUAAUUGAGCAUGGUAAUCUUAAUGUGUAAACACUGGGAAUUGGCUGAUUUGCUAAGUCACCUUAUUGAAUGGAUUUGGGAAGUACCUCUAUAUUCUAGAAUGAAUUUAUGGUGUUCUAAUACAGUGUAAAAUAGGCAUGUUGGGAUAGAGUUGUCUCUUGACAGCAAGCUUUAGUUGUUUUGGAGGAACUAGAGAUUAAUGUUAAAUUUAACGUUCAGUAGGUAUCUCAAAGUUAUAAGUAAUGGCAGUAAAAUAGUGCCGUUGCUGUACUUUAGUUUAUCUGAAAGAAAAAAUGUGAUGCAAUAGAAGUAUAGGAAGAGAAAGGUGUAAUAGUUGAUUAUGUAUCUUAAGUCUAUAUUUAGCAUCUUUACGUGUAUUAACAGUUAUAUUUGGUUGUUCAGGAUUAUAUUUUUUUUCUAUUGCUCAAAGAUAUUCCAGAGAAGGAGUUUGUGGGUGGGUUUUUUUUUCCCCUGAGCAACAAGUGUGUAAUUUUCAUUCUGAUCUUUGCAUAGAUGAAGUUCCCAUUUGGAGGACUAAACUUUAGAUCUGGGAGUCUUUGCUGUUAAUAAAUCAGAUAACUAACACAAACGAAAUGGAGGACACUAGGCUGGUAGUAGAGCUGGUAUUUGUUCUUUAGAACAAAUAACUUCAGAGUGGAAAUUCAUUCUGUUUUGUGCAGGAUGAAAUUCAGGGUGAAGCUUGGGAAACUGUUGUAACAUAAAGGUUCUCAUUGCAUCAGGACAGGGUGGGUCUGUGUUGGACUGGCUCAGCGUGUCUGCCAUGGUGUAAUCAUUUGUUGCCCUUGGAAAAGGCUAAAGACUGGAGGAACUUGUUUGAGCUGCUGAGCUCCUGCAGUUGGAGGUAAGGCAGCAGCCUGGGCCAAGUGUGACAUGGCUGAGGUCAGGCGCAAGAACUUACAGCAGUGAUUUCAGUUUACUUUUGCUUUCAGUGUACAAGCACUCUUGAUAAGCUGCAUGUUUUGUUCUGAAUUCAAGUAGGAAAAGUGCAUCUCUUGAAUGACUGAAAAUAAGGCACAGAAAAACUAUGCAAAGUUGUUUUGAAGUAGGUGUUGGUGACCUUAAGUCAAUUGCCCUGUAAAAGGUGAAAAACAAAUUCUGCAUACUUGUCUACUGCACCUUCUAUGAGGUGUCAGCUAAAUAAAUGUGUGUUGCCUCGGGGAAAUCAAUUAACAUUACCCAUUUUGUGAGUCAGAGGUAAGUUUUUGAGAAUCCUUGCUCUGUUGUCUAAGCCACUGUGGCCUUACUUAUGAAAUGCUUUGUGUUGGUUUCCAUCUCAUGAAGUGAUUUAAUAUCUUGUAUGCUAGAUAGCAGAGGUUAACACUCUAGUACUUGCUUAAAAAUGCUGAAAGACAGUGUGUUUGAAAUGCAGAACUAAUGCUAAUUCAAUAAGGCAGGUGACAUCUGUGGAAGUCAACUUGGUAAGUACGCUUGCAGUCAGGAAAUACUGGUGUAUUUCAAUACAAGUAAGCUCUGACUGAGGAUCAAGAAAUGAUCAAAGCAUUUGUGAUUAUAGCAGAUUCUAAAUGAAAGUAAUUCUUCUGCUGAAGGUACUGAUUUUCAUGUCUAGCACUUAAAUACUCAGUCUUGUGUUCCAUGCUGUGAUUAUUUUCUCUUAAUAAGGAAUGUAGUUAUCUUCCUAGUCUGUCAUUAACUAUUUUCUGUUUCUACCAGUUAUGUGUGGAUGUUUCUCAUUAGCUUGAACUUCUCUGUAACCAUACUAUAAUCAGACCAUUAAGGGCUCGCAUCUAUAGUACUGCUCAAAGAAAAUGGUUUCAU